AUGCUUCAUUUGAGAACGAAGAAAAAGUCAAACGUAAAGAAACGGAAGAAAGAUGCUUUAGCAUCAGUAAAACGUAACCAACGACUGGCCUAUAGCGCCCAAAAAAAUGCUGCUACUCGACAACUUUCUUGUGUAUCAGCAAAUCGACCAAGCAAUCGUCGACUUGCCCAUAGUAUUAAAGCAUCAUUAAGAAAUAUCGAGCAAUCAGGUAGUGAAGUUCAAAAAGAUCAAGAAAAACAAGAUCGAGCAGUACAAGAAUUAGUUGAUCACUUGAAGUCUAUUGCACCAUUCAACAAACGCUGGCAAGUAAUUGAGACAAUCAACCAAGGUACUUAUGGUGUGGUAUUUUCGGUGCGUGAUGUUGUAACGAAAGUUUACGGAGUCAUUAAAGUGGCCAAAUCCAUGGCAAAUGAAGCAGGCAAUGUUUCUGCUGAAUGGGAAGGAUUCAUAUUAGAAACAAUGUUCAAAAGAUCAGAAACCGCAUCAAUUGUUCGCUUACUGGAUAAAGGUAUGCUCGCUGAUCAACAUGGUGAAGGCAUGGAAUUCGUGGUGCUAGAAAAAGCAGCCGUACCUGUCAAAGAUUUCAUUUAUGAAGUAGAUGGAGUAUAUAGAAAAUAUCGAGCUGCAAAUAUUUCAUUGCAAAUGCUCAAAGGAAUUUAUGAUCUUCAUUCACAAGGACUUCUUCAUCGAGAUUUAAAACCUGAUAAUAUGGGUUUGAUUUCGAGGGAGCAACCGAUAGCUUUGCUUUUCGAUCUGGGCAUGGCUCGAAUGUAUACUGAUGGUGAAUCCGAUAUAAGACCACCGAGAACUUGCUGUCCUUUUCGUGGGACACCAGAAUGGGCAAGUGGACAUGCUCAAAAAGGACGUGAACAAACACGCUAUGAUGACCUGAUUGCUUGGCUUUACGUAACGUGUGAACUAUUUGCAAAUGAACGUGAACCCACGCAACCCUUACCAUGGACAUAUCGAAGCAAUACGAUGGCACACAAGUAUCUAAAAUCCAUUUAUUGUCCUGCCCGUUACCUUUUGAAACGAGUACCAGUUCAAUUCUUUGCAGUUAAUGCAUAUCUCCAAACAGGUAAGAAACUUCACUAA